AUGGCUACGAAAGAAGAUGACACCGCCAUCACUGCGUCUAACGAAUCCCUUGCCCAACCCAAGUCCGCCACAGUACCGCAGAGCUCUAAUUCGCAGUCACUCGUCGACCAAGUCAGCCUCUUCGUUGCACAUGCAGAUAGGACAACUUUGAUUUCAAUCUCAGCCGGAGUUGUUGCUGUGUCUUAUGUGCUGUUCGGCAGACUUGCCCUUCUUCUCGUUGGUGCUAUUGGAGGGGUCAUCCUGUACAUAUGGUGGGAAGGACAGGACAAUGUUACAAACGGAGAUAAUGAAGGGGCAGCAAAGCGCAAACGACAUGAACUUAGCUUAGAGGUAGCCAACAGAUUGACGGCGCUGUACGCUGACAAUGGCUCAAAGCAGGACGAUGAUGAAGACACUCUUAAUAGACCAGGGGAGUCCUCCCUGGAUUACUCAAGGAUGGGACCAGCAACAGAAGCCGCAUUGACUGCUUUAACAAAUUCGGUAAUUGCAGACUAUGUAAGCUGGUGGUAUAAGCCUAUUUUACCUUCUGAAGAUGAGUUCCCUGAAGCAUGCCGCAAUACGCUCGUGAGCAUGGUCCUGGCUGUAUCAUCUCGUAUUUCUCGCAAACGGCCGGCCGACAUGUUUCUGCAGUUUGCAACCAAUUCAACAUCCUUCAUGAUUGUAUUCUUCAGUGAACUGUCUGCUGCUGUUGCCAAUGUUUUGUCGUCCACCCAACAAGAGAAAAAGCUUGGUCUCGUUGGAACAGAUAUACUUAAAACCUUCCUUGAGCCAUCAGUUUAUAACUGUGGUCCUCUUCGCAUUUUUCUGCGUGAAGUCCUGUCUCGGUUGAUACUGCAGCCCACAAUAGACAUGUGCUCUGAUGCAGAGUAUAUCAAUACGUGGAUUGUGUAUCUACUCGAGGAAGGGGAACCGCAGCUUUUGAACGCUAUUGACGCCGGGCUUGAACAAGCGGACAAUGUCAAGCAGAAAAACCCGACCAGUACCGGUACCCCAACGGCCAACGUACUGGAAGGGAAGGUCUCCAAUAUUGUUACUAAUCUUGGGGAUCAAAAGCUAGCCGAACAGGUGCAACCUAUGAGGCAGCCUUUCGAUGCUGAUUUUGCACAGCAUGAGGACAUCAGCGCAAUAGCAAUGCCAAAAGAAAUACCUAGAGCAGCAGACUCUGAGGAGACCAGCGGGAAUUCUGCCGUAUAUACACAUUUACCUACUGACUCCUCCUCAUCUAAUACUACUGACCACCAGCCUACUCCUGGCUCGAGUACCAGUCUCAACGAAGAUUCACUCGAUAAUCCCCCCCUUGACAGCCAACCAACGCCAAUCUUGAAUACUUCUGCCACCUCCCUAAUUACAAUGCAAACUUCACAGUUUCGCGGCUCUUCGGUUGCCAUUAUCGAAGAUUUCAACGAAGAUGAUAAAAGUAAUAUUCGCUCAAAACCAACGAGCGAGUAUUUGAUCCAGAUUGAACCCAGCAACCCUAAGCUCACUGGCUGGAUGAUUGCCAGGAAAUAUAGCGACUUUGAAAUACUGCAUGAGACUCUACGACGAAUUUCUGUUGUAUCUGGAAUUUCUGAUUUCUCGCUACAUCAUAAUGAAUUACCCGGGUGGAAAGGUAGAAACAGGAAUGGCUUACGAGUUUCUCUUGAGAAAUACCUCCAGACAGCUUUGCAAUAUGAGCAGCUAGCAGAGUGUGAGGGGAUGAAGAAGUUUUUGGAAAAAGGACGACAAUCCGGUCUUGAGCCAGAGUCCGCUUCAUCAAAGUCUGGGUUUCCAUUCGCAGCACCUGUGGCUGUUUUUGAGAACGUUGGCAAAGGAGUAAUGGGCGUCCUGGGGACUGCGCCAAAGGGUGUUGCAAAUAGUAAAAAGGCCAUCGUCGGCGGAGUCUCGGGAAUAUUCGGGGCAUCGGGGAAUGAUAACAGGAAGCGAGCCAGCAGUAAUGCAGCAAGCAGACCUACGGCUGUACGGGGGACCUCAAUGGAUAUACUGCCAUCACCCGUGACCAACGUCACAGCCCACUCUAAGAACCUAUCAAUGAGCAACUUGCAAGAUCGACCUAGAGCGACUUUCCAGCGACAGCCAACUCAUCUAGAAAAUGAAUCAGGGGAUAUAGGCUCUGGAUUGCCUACUUCUAUCACUCAUGCUGAUAGUUCGCUGGCGAGCUCGUGUGAGAAUUUAGCUGACGAAGGAAAUGUUACACCACUUUCGUCAUCAGAUACCCCAGAUACAGUGCAUGUAGCCCUUUCUUCAGAGGCCAAUGUUGAGUCCAACAAAGAGCCGGCCACUAGGGAUAAACCCGGAUCUGCUAGCUCGGGUGAUGUGGAACCACCUCCAAAGAAAAGCUCAGAAGGUCGUAGUUACGCCCCGGUUUCCGAGGAAGAAGCAGUAGUCGUGGUUGAGCUGCUUUUUGCUGUGAUAAACGAAGUGUACAGUCUGUCAUCAGCAUGGAAUAUUCGGAAGAGACUGCUCAACGCCUCAAAGUCUUUCCUCCUCCGCCCGGGCAACCCUAGUUUGGAAGCUAUUCGGACUCUUCUCCAAGAUUCAAUAAUUGAUGGUAAUACGUCUGAUGAGGCUCUCGCUGGGUAUAUAACCAAGCUACACAAAAGUAGCUUUCCAACAGAAGAGGAUCUGAAGGCGUAUCCCCCUCCACUCUCGCCGGAACAGAAAGAACAGCUCAGAAUUAAGGCACGGACGCUACUGAUAAGCCGAGGUAUGCCACCGGCUCUGAUGGGUAUAAUGGGCGCAAAUGCAACAGGAGAGGCGCUAGGGAAAAUAUUUGAUUGUUUACAGAUACCAUCCGUUGGCAGGGCGUUCGUCUUUGCCAUCCUUUUGCAGGCAAUCAGGGUGAUGACACAGUGA